GAACUAAAAAAUCUACAAAAAUUUGAAUCGGAAGGUCUCGAAAAUCGAUGCUCGAUUUAAUCGAUUUAAAAACGUCAGCUCUAGUAAGUAAUAAGCUGCAUUUAUUAGGUGAAUUUUGGUUUUUUAUUUUCUUUUAUUAACAAUAAAUUAUCUGUGCACAUGAAAUGGUAAUUCAAUGUCGCGCGUGCCUCAAUACUAAAGACGCAGAAUUUAUACGCAUGGAGUCCCAUAUAUCAGAUGGCUUCGAUUUCUUUUCUUGCUUCAGUUUAUGUACUCAGCUAGAUGCCGGACUCUAUGACGGAUUGCCUGGUGUGCUUUGCACUAACUGCUCGCAAGAUCUUCAAGUAGCUUUCAACUUUGUGCAAAAUGCACGACAGGCUGACAGAAUGCUGCGAGAAAGUUUGUCACAGAAAUUAAUGGCUGAUGAAUUGAUUGAAACAUUAGAGUCCGCAUCUGGUGAUGUAUCAAUGGAACCUUUGGAGGUAGUUGGAGACAGUGAAAGUGAGGAUUGUGUGGUCGAGGAACUCUUGGAUGAAGAACCUACAUUAGAUGAAGUUAACGAAGGGGGUGAAGAAGAAAAUACCGCUGUAGAAAUUAUGGAGAUCGAAAAGGCAGAAGUAGAGAUUUAUGAAAACUCUUUAGAGGAAAUAGAGCUCAUUGAGAGUAAAUACGAAGAUGCUUCAGCAGUAGAAGAUGUGCAAGAAAGGCUUGAACCACAAACAGACCCAGGGGAAUGUUAUCCUGAAGACGAAAAUGAUGAUCAGUACCUAAGAGAAUAUCAAGAAAAUGAACAGGAACAGAUAAAUGUGGAUUCGGUUACCAACGGUGCGAAAUGGAAAUGUAUAGAAUGUAAGCGAGUUUUAUGCGGGGAUGUGUCUUAUGAAGGACACAUGAAUAUGCAUCGCUCAUUACGUCCCUACAAAUGUGCAAUAUGUCUUUGUGCGUUUCGUUGUAAAAAUGCGUUAGAAAAACAUGUGGAACUGCGCCACCGCACAGAAACGCCCAUAGAAGAAAUAGUGGAAGAAUCGCCACCAAACAGCAAUUGUGAUAAAUGUUCAAAAACAUUUACAACGCCUGAGGAACUACAAGAUCACCACGAAUUAGUACAUCCUGAAAGUUACCCUGUUCAGUGUCGACACUGCCCACUUAUAGCUCCAUUAACACGCUCUAAGUUGGUUGAGCAUUAUCGUAUUGAACACCCAGCGGAAUAUCACAUACAUUUUCCUACGGUAGGAAGACCGCUGAAUGACCCGAUGAAGACGACUCCAUGGCAAUGUGAAGUGUGCAAGCGUUAUAUGCGAUCAGAAGCAGCUUUGUGUGACCAUCGACACAUUCAUCAAAAUGAGCGGCCGCAUGAAUGUCAGUUUUGUUCGAAGCGUUUUGCUUCAACCAGUAAUUUACGACAACAUAUGCGCGGUGUGCAUGUUGAAGAAUAUGAGAAGCUUAUAAAUGAAACCGGUGAUACCUGUAUGCAAUGUGAAAUAUGUAAGAAGCAGUUACUUCGGCGAAAUUUCGAAAAGCAUAUGGCACUACAUAUUAGAAAAGAACGUGAGGCAAAUGAGGCGCAAAAUAAAUUCCUUUGCGCGUACUGCUCGCGCGAGUGUAAAAACCAAAAAUCUCUCACCCAACACGAGAAAAUGCACCAAGGUGCAUCGUCGGAUGUCAUUUAUAUUUGCGCCGAUUGCGAUCGCUCCUAUGCCACACAACAUUUGUUGCAGCAACAUCGCAAGCAGGCUCACAAGGAGCGAGAUAAUUUCUGCCCCAUCUGUGGUAAUGGCUUCAAGCUUAAAAACCAAUUGGUCAAUCAUAUGAAAUUGCACUUGGAAAAGAAUAUAAAAUGCCCGCAUUGUGAGAAAUGUUAUGCGCGUAAGUUCGAUCUAGAUGUACACAUGCGCACUCAUACUGGAGAGCUACCAUUUGCCUGCCAUCUUUGCGAAAAGCGUUUUGCCAUUAAGGUACGACUCACCUACCAUUUACAGAAGCACUAUGGCAUCAAGCAUCGCUGCAAAGAUUGUGAUGCGGAAUUCAAUUCAAAACAAAAACUAAAAGCACACACCUAUAAACACACCGGAAUGCCAUAUCGCUGCGAGAGAUGCAAUGGCCAUGGCUUUGCGAAUCGGGAUGUUUUUAAGAGGCAUUUACAGCGUGUGCACUGCACCAGUAUGAGCGAUGAGGAGCUUGUUGCAAUGUUUCAGCAAAAUACUGGCAAAUCGACACGUAUUCGACGUGUUGACCUUUACGAAGAGCAUGUGGACAGAGAACCUAUGAAGGAGGCUACUGAGGAGGACGGGACUUUAAUCAAUGCAGAUGAUAUUGCACUAGAAUCCGAAGUGAUUCACAAAAAUCGCAACAAUUAUGAAAAUUCCCGAUUAAAAAUUGCAGCUCGUGAGUUUUCGAAUGCAAAAUCACUCAGUGUGCAUGAGCACAACGUUCAUCUAGUCAAAUUGGAAGAACCGAAAUACGAAUGCGGCAUAUGUAAGCGCAAAUGCUAUCAGCAAAAAGAUCUUAGUUCUCAUAUGCAGCGAGUGCAUCUGGCGGAACGCAAACACGUUUGCAACAAAUGCGGUAAUGCAUUUAAGAGCGGCUGGCAAUUGACCGCACACAAGAUGUUGCAUGACGAAGACAAGUCUUUCGAGUGUUUUCACUGUCAACGUAAAUAUACUCGACAAGCUGAUUUAAAUGUGCAUAUACGCACGCACACCGGAGAGCUGCCGUAUGCUUGUCACUUAUGUGAUAAACGUUUUGCAAUUAAAGUGCGGCUAACAUACCACCUGCAACGGCAUGAGGGCGUCAAGCAUCCGUGCACCUAUUGUGGUAUUCUGUACGAUAAUCGCAAUCAACUAAAGGAACAUCUUUUCAAACACACCGGCAUGCCCUAUCGGUGCGAAUUGUGUCCCGAUGUUGGAUUCACCCGCCGCUUACGAUUUGCAAACCAUAUGCAGCGCGCACAUAAUCUGAAUUUGAGUGCAGAUGAAUUGGCCGCCGUUUUUGCCAAGUAUACGGGGAAGGCGAUACAUUUCAACUCCACCUUCAAGGCGCAGGACAACGAAGACUCGCAGACAUUAGCCGACUUCAUUGUAGAUGAAACUAAAGAUUCAUGAAGA